AUGAAAAAAUUAGAUACCUUCUGUUUAGAAGAUAACUCAGACGAUGAUUCUUUAGAUCAAACUCAUCAUAUUUCCAUACAAACAGAAAUAAAAUACAAAUAAGUUAGAGAUAUUGCUACCAAAAUUAUUUUGUGUUAUUCUAUUGAUUUUGAUCUUCCAAUCAUUUCAUUUCUACAAUUUUUACAGUUUGUUAGAGUUUUGAAUUCUGAAGAUACUAUUUAAAUUGAAGCUACUAAACCUCUUCUUAAAUAAUUAUUAAAUAUUCAACAAUUAGAAAUGAUCACUAAAGAUACUCAUUUAAAUGAUAUACUUAAUUAAACAUAUUCACUCAAUUAACUUAAUUCAAUCACUGCAAAUUUUGAAAAUAAAUAUAAACAUUAUCUACUUAAAUCAUAACCAUCUAAUAUCUGUUAAAUGACAAAAAUUAUUUAUAAUCAAAGAGAAAAAAUUAAAGAUAAACUUGAUAAAUUAUUUCAAGAUUAAAAUUUAUAGGAAUUCAUGUAAAAAGGAUAAGAUAAAUUAAAAAAAGCACCACUUGAAACUUGGAAAAAUAAUAAAAAAGAUUAUGAAGAAUAAUAAUUACCCAUAGCAUAAACUUUUUUAAAUUUAAAUAGAAUUAAAAAAUAUCUAGAUGAAAAAAAAGAAUAAGAAACAUAUGCAACUGGUAAAAUGAAUAGAAAAAAAAAUUAAAUGAUACGUAUUGUAAGAAAAAUCAUCAAAAAAAGAAGACCAAAAACAUAAAAUGAAAAAUUUUGUACUUAAGUUCAUUCUAGAAGAUUUAUUAAAAGGAUUUUUUAACUCUUAUUAUCAAGAUAAGAAUCCUAUCCUGAAAUAUUUUACUGUUUAACUAUUAAGUUUGAAAAGAAAACUGCUGAUAAGAUACAAUUUACCUUGAAUAAUAGAUUUAAAACCUAUAUAGAAAAUGAUUCAUACAUUCAUAAUUUAUUAAAUGAAGAAAUGAUUAAGAAAGGAUACAGUCCUGUUAAAUUAAAUGGAGAAUAAGUUAAUUUAGAAGAUUUCUUUCAAUGUUUUAAUUUAGAUCUCUAACCUUAAGAAGUAUCUGAAGCAAAAGUAGUUUAUGAAAUGAUUGUUUAAGUUUAUGAAUAGAAAGAAAUUCAUCGACUUAGGUUAUAUCCAAUCUUUAAUUGUACUAAAUAUUCAUUCUUAGAAUAAUAAAUUGCAUAAAUUGACACCAUUCAUAAAUAUCAAACUCCUCAAUUCUUAAAAUUUAAAUCUAUAGUGGAAGAUAUUAAAUAUUAUUUAGAUACCAACAAAAUUUAAAUUGAAAAAGAAAUCAAAGCCUUGGAAUAAAAUUAGCCUUAAACAAUAGAAAAACAAUAAAAUAAAAAAGAAAAAUUGGAAACUAAGGUUGAAAAUUGA